AUGGGAAACUUGUUGACAUUUAUCAAGCCGCUUACCGCAGAUCAGCUCCCACUGCUCUCAAGCUCUAGAAGUCGUAUUUCUCUCGCGCAGCCUUUGGCCGGGUCGCUACCACUCAUCUUCAACAUACCCCUCGACGUCUGGUUCGAGAUCAUGGACCACCUUCCCCUCCACGCAAAAGUCGCUUUAUCUCUCACUUGUAAGCACGCCCUGCGUCUGGUUGGUCUAUCUGCAGCUCGGCAGCUCAGAAGCAAACCCGAGGAGAUCCAAAGCUUCCUCAUGAUCCUUGAGCGAGAGCUGCCAGGCAUGGCGGUGCUGUGUUUUGAGUGCAACACGUACCACUGCCGUGAUCCAAACUUCUUAAGCCGCAUGUUCCGCAAGCCGUGCAAGGUCCUACAGCGCCACCGAGCUUUCGCGGGGUUGCCCAAACUGAACGGUGCGACGAUUUUUCGCGUCAUGAAGCAACAGCGUCUUGGUCCGGCGUUCGGACUUCCCCUAGGUUUUCUCACCAUGUGCGGCUUUGUAGGUGGUCAUUGUAGAAACCACGAGAAUGGGGUUCCAUACGAUUAUCACAAGUGGUUGUGGAGCGCACGGUCGAUGGCAAGGGCGAUCGACGGACAACUGAUCCUGAGGGUCGAGUACCGACUCAGAUUCAACUCAAGUCAUUACGACGACUUUGUCAGAGGGGAGAGGCUGUCACAUAGAGUUAUCGAGAGUGCUGUAUGUGGCCACAGGCUGUGCGACUACGCACGCUUAGCGACCGCGCUCAAUAGUUUUGUUGCCAGACGACACCAAACGAUCGGGCAAGCUGAACACGGGGUCGAAAAGAAAGGUGGCAACUGCGGCUGGUGCAGCUCCGAGUAUUUCUACAUGUUCACCCGUAAGUCUUUGGCAGGCUCGCGUGAAGAGAGGAGCACCAUCGGUGGAAGCGGACGCAUCUUCAUACUAAUACGAUAUACCAAUCUGGGGCCUGGUUAUCCGGUGAUAGCCGAAGCCAUAAAAGUGCUCCGAGCAAUCGAAAAAGCGAGACCCGACACCACAUUCAACAUUCGUGAGGAAUUGCUGGGUGGUUGCUCGAUAGAUGCUCACGGCACCCCUCUGACAGACGAGGCUCUCAAUGCCGCAAAGAACGCAGAUGCUGUAUUACUUGGUGCCAUUGGAGGACCAAAAUGGGGCACAGGUCAGGUCCGUCCGGAGCAAGGCAUCCUCCGACUCCGAAAAGAGCUCCAGACCUACGGCAAUUUGCGACCGUGUUUCUUCGCCUCGCCAAGUCUUGUGUCAACAUCCCCUCUGAAAGAGUCCGUGUGCAAAGACGUAAACUUCACCGUCGUUCGCGAGCUCACUGGAGGCCUGUACUUUGGUGAUCGCAAAGAAGACACUGGUGACGGCACAGCCUACGACGUCGAGCCAUACUCUCGGCCGGAGAUCGAGCGCAUAGUACGGCUCUCUGCGUACUUGGCCCUUCAAGAGUCGCCACCAGCCAAGGUGUGGAGCUUGGACAAGGCGAACGUCCUCGCGACGAGUCGGCUCUGGAGGCGCGUCGUGGAUGAUGUCAUGACGAAAGAAUUCCCGCAGCUGGAAUACGGUCACCAUCUAAUCGACUCGGCGGCUAUGUUGAUGGUAAAGAACCCAAGGGCGUUGAACGGAAUCAUAGUCACGAGCAAUCUAUUUGGCGACAUCAUCAGUGAUGAAGCAAGCGUGAUACCUGGUUCACUUGGCCUUCUUCCGAGCGCCAGUCUUGGAGCUAUUCCGGACGGCAAGACAAAGGUCAAUGGAGUCUACGAGCCCAUUCACGGCUCCGCGCCGGACAUCUCAGGCAAGGGCAUCGUCAAUCCCGUUGCCAUGCUCCUCUCUGUCAGCAUGAUGUUCAAGUACUCCUUGUGUGAACCUGAGCUCGCUCUCGCUGUCGAUCAGGCAGUCAAGCAGGUUAUCGAGAAGGGUAUUCGCACGGCGGACAUAGGCGGCACGUCAACGACCGCUGAAGUUGGCGAUGCCGUUGCAUCGGAGCUUGUCCAGAUCCUGAGUGGCAAGUCCACCUGA